UAACAUUGUCAAUUUUGACAUUUGAUAAGAAAUCGUGAAGUAAUUUUUGAGAAGAAAAAUCCUUUGGAAUAAGAAAUUCAAUAAUAGGAAUAAUAGGAACCAAUUCAGGAAAGAUUAUAAUUUAUUUAGCUUACCUUUUAUGAAGCGAAUAGCAGCUGUAUGGUAAAAAUGGCCACAGAAGUAGAAACUCCAGGAGUUCAGCAAAAGUCGAAGAAACCUUCAGAUUCGGCCUUCAAGCAGCAACGACUUCCUGCAUGGCAACCAGUAUUAACUGCAGGCACCGUGUUGCCCACCUUCUUCGUCAUUGGAAUUUUGUUCAUACCAGUGGGAGUGGCAUUGCUUUAUUUCUCAGAUGAAGUUAGUGAGUUUGUCUAUGAUUACACCCACUGUAAACAAGAGGGGGCAGACAAUUUGACCUGUGCCGAAUAUAUUACUAACCAUCCUAGUGGAAAAUGUGAAUGCAAAAUUGAAUUCGAUCUACCAAAAGAUUUCACAGGAGAUGUCUAUAUGUACUAUGGCCUUAGUAAUUACUAUCAAAAUCAUCGGCGUUAUGUGAAAUCUCGAGACGAUGAACAGCUGUUGGGCCGACUAUCAUCAAAUCCAUCAACGGACUGUGUUCCCUUCGCUUAUGUUGAAGAAAAUAUGCAAAGUAUACCUAUCGCACCUUGCGGCGCGAUCGCCAACUCGCUUUUUAACGAUACAUUAACACUGAAAUACGGCGAUGUAGAAGUGCCCCUGAUCAACACCGGUAUUGCUUGGCCAUCUGAUAAGUUAAUUAAAUUUAGAAAUCCACCAGGCAAUUUAACGCUUGCUUUGAAGAACUUCAGUAAGCCAAAAUUUUGGCAAAAGGAGCUUUGGCAAUUGGAUCCACAAAAUCCCGACAACAAUGGAUUUCAGAACGAGGACUUAAUUGUUUGGAUGCGUACGGCAGCAUUGCCAAGUUUUCGUAAACUUUAUCGGCGCGUUGACCAUUCCAAUGCAACUUUUCAAAAUGGUUUGAAGAAGGGCGCUUAUACGCUGAAUAUUAUUUAUCAAUAUCCCGUGACGUCAUUUGAUGGUUCCAAAAAAAUGAUUUUAUCGACAACGUCUCUUCUGGGUGGAAAAAAUCCAUUUCUUGGCAUUGCCUACAUUGUUGUUGGAUCAAUUUGUCUAAUUCUUGGCGUUGCGCUGCUGUUCAUACAUAUCAAAUGUAGCAAAAGCACUACGGAAAUGAUCAACGUCAACCCACGCACACCAUAUUCGUAACCGCAUUUCAGUUAGGCGACUUAAUGGGAGAUUGCAAGCACAACUGUGUCUCGGAUUUUUACUGAUUAUUUUGGAUGUAUUGCACGAAGAUAUUACGGAUUUAGCAGCAGAAACUUGUUUGAAAGAUAUCUGAACAAUUAUUAUUAACGUUUAGUCCAUGGUAGUGCAGCUUCUAUGAAUGUAGUUGAUUAACAAAUAUGACUUUAAAAGUUAUCCACUUGCAUAGUUAUCUACUGGGUGACAGGUAACAAGAUCAUCGGAAGUAAGGUAAUUGACACUAUUUCGCAUACUGGUGCGAAAUAAAGUCAAUAGACAUUAUUACUUUUUCAAAGGCGAAAUAAAAUCCAUUGACAUUGUUGCUCUUUCAAGCAUUAAAUUUGCGUAGCUUCGCGGCAGCCCCGUCCGUUUUUAUAUUUCGCUACCUUAAUAUAGAAAGGCCCUACCUCAUAUCGUCGCUGAAAUAGAAAAAGCCGUAACUAACUAAAAAUUCAAAAUUCACUUUUUGAUUGAUUAUGAUGCUUUUCAUCGAAUUAUAAGUCACCACAUUGUUUUAUGCAUUAACAAAUUUUAGUUAGUUACGGCUUUUUUUGCAUUUCAGCGACGAUGUGAAAUAUGGCCUUUCUAUAUUAAGGUAACGAUUUGUAAGUUGUUGGAUGAUUUUUGCUUUGUUGGCAUCAACUUGUCUGCAGUAAAAAAAUCAUAUAAUUUUUGUUUCAAAAGUGUGUGAAAACCAAUCAAUCAACUUACAUGAUGUCAGUUCCAUAAAAAUAAUUUAAAUAAUUGUUUAUUCCCGCAUUUUGGUAGUGAUUUGAAUGUGCCAUCUAAUAAAUAGUGCCGUUCUCCUUACCUGCUUUUAAAUGAUGUCACAAAUUUUUGGCGGCGGCAUGAAUACUACAGUGUAAUAAAAUUCCUUUUCUAUAAUUGUUUCCUUAUACAAAAGGUUUCUUUUCCACCUUAGACAUUCCGAAUUCGUUCAAAAUAUGCUAAUUUAACCUUUAACUAUGGAGGUGAAUUUUUUGGACACAGUCUGUGACCUGGUGGUAAAUUUUACCCCUUCGAAUUUUAGUUAGAAAUUUGAAUACGAAUUUGCCAUUUUAUAAUUAUUUUUUCUUUUAAACUAAGCUACUAGAGUUUUAAGUUAAAAUAAAUACAAAACUUUAUUUUUUCUUUUAAAAUCAACAAAAGUCCCUUUUUAUUUCACAAGGCUUUUAUAAUUCACAAGAACGAAAACAUCACAUAGUAAACUUAUAAAAAAAG